CCCAUCAAGCCUUGUGUGUGCCAUUGGUCCAGAGCAGGCUGAAUCCGCCACCCAACGCACCCAGACGCCCAUCCCAUCGGCCCCCAACCCUUUAAAAACGUUCGCGUCCGCCCCACCCUCUUCCCAAAAGUCAGCCAUCCCCACUUAGGCCCGCAUUUUGCACCGAGAAAAGGGCCGUUUAUCGGGAAGCUGUCCAGCGCAGGCCGUCAGGAACUGGCCCUUGUAAACAUCUCGCUUGUUGCGCCUUAAUCAGAAAAGACUCGCAUGCGCCAUGGAUCCAGCAUCGGCGACAGUCGCAUUUGUCGGGUUUGCAGCCAGUAUCACCACGUUGGCGGCGGUCCUCUUCCAGAGCUGCAAGACGUUGCGAGACCUCUGCCAUGAUCUACACAACGCACCACAAGACUUGCACAGAUUAUUGCGUAAUGCGCAAACUUUGGAGAAGGUCGUGUUGCAGGUCAAGCGGACUGGCGCGGAGAUAGCAAACGAGGAGUCGAUGGAGCACAUCGACGCUUACUGGAUGAAUAACGUAAAAGACAUGGAGCGAGAUCUCGAAGUAUUCAACAAGAAGGUUUCAAAGCUCCAGAAAAGUCUUGAAAAACCAUCAAUCACGUCGUUGCAGGUGAAAGCGCGAUUUUACAAGGUCUUUUCGGAAAGCGACAUCGAGCAAUAUGAGCGACAGUUGUCGCAACACCGCGAUACGUUCACCAUGCUCUAUUCAAUGGUUUCAAACGAGCGUUCCAAGAAAAUCAUGGAGGAGCUCCACCUGCAAUCGAAGAAACUCGAUCGACUCGCAAGCAGUGCAAACACAUUCCACGCAACAAUGAAGAAUGAGCUCCGGGCGACCCAGAAACUUUUGUCGGAAGAGAAUAAGGUGGUGAUCAACACGGUGAAGCGGGAAGUCCGGACGCUAAACUAUCGGCUGCCUAACGAAGAAACCAUACUGUCACAGCUACAGCUUCAUGGAGCAGAGCUCGCCACUCUCGCUCCAUCGAGCGAGGAGCUGCUCCCCGGGUACGAAGAACCUCCUCCGACCUAUUUGGAGGCAAUGACAGAAUCAGCAUCAUCAACGCAGGUACUGGUAUCCUUCCUCCACCCAGGCCUGGACAAAAGGAAAUGGUUGCGACACCAACGAAUGGUCGCAAUCCAGUUCCAAGAUCGAAUUCUCGCUGUUUCCGGUCCCAUGGUUGACCAAAACUGUUGUUCAUCUCUCCUUUGGCCUCAAAGGAAGAGGAGAUGCUACACCGGACAUCAGCUGGAAGCUGAAGCAGAGGCAUUACAACAGUGACCCGCGUCUAAUGAUGAAUCUGAAUUUGGGAAACGUAUCGGCGAUCCAAGAAAUGUUUCGCAAGCGAGAAGCAUCUCCGCAUGACCUGAUCGCACCUUGGGGUAAUACACUGUUGCAUGAAGCAGUCAAGCGACUAGCCGCCGGAAUACCUAA